AUGAAGGUCGCCAUCAUCGGCGCAGGGCCGAGCGCCCUCGUCACGGCAAAGACGCUCCUCGAACAGGCCGAAAAGGAUCCCAGCUUCAACCCGCAAAUCACCCUCUUCGAGGCAGAGGACCAGAUCGGCGGCACCUUCCGCUACCGCUCCUACUCCAACGCCACCCUCGUCUCGUCCAAGCAGCUCACCGCCUACUCCGACUUCCGCCUGCCCCUCGACCACCACGACCACCUCACCCUCCCCGAGUACGUCCAGUACCUCGAAGACUACACCGCACACUUUAAGCUGCGCCACAGAUGCCGCUUCCGCUUCAACACAAAGGUCCUCUCCGUCGCAAAGGUCGACGGCGGACACCUCGUCAGCUACGCACCUUCCAAGCUCGAAUCUCCCACGCCCGACCAGGAGCUCUUCUCCCACCUCUGCGUCUGCUCCGGCCUCCACGUCGUGCCAGCCGUGCCCGAGAUCCCCGGCCUGCCACCGGUCAUCAAGGGCGAGCAGGCGGUCCCCAGCCUCAGUGAGACGAGCGUCGAGGCAUCCGGCAAGGCGUCCGGCAAGGCGUCCGGCAAGGCGCCUGAUCCUGCGCCCGAGGAAGCUCGCACCGCCGACGACAUCCUCACCCUCCACUCGUCGCAGUACAAGGACCGCUCCCUCUACAAGGGCAAGCGCGUCAUGAUCCUCGGCACCGGCGAGACAGGCAUGGACAUGGCCUACGAGGCCGUAAAGGGCGGUGCGACCGAGAUCGUCCUCUGCACCCGCGCCGGCUUCCUCAUGUUCCCCGCCGUGCUCGCCGACUUUGUCGUGCUCGGCACCACCUACGACGGCAACCUGCCCAUCGACGGCCUCAUCACCAACCUCUUCGAGACCGCAUACGUCCACCCCUGGGUCGCCGCCUCUCACCUGCGCUGGUUCGUCUCCGACUUUGUCAUCAAGCGCGUCCUCUGGCUCCUCACCGGCACCCAGGCCGGCUGCAACCAGUGGGUCGGCGAGUUGGAGCCCGAGCGCCUCGGCCGCGCCUAUACCUUCCUCAACAAGAGCAGCAAGGCGAUGCCCUACAUCAACCGCGGCUGGAAGAACAGGCCCUGGCUGUUUGAAAAGUUCGCCUCGUACCUCGACCCGCCGACGGUGCUGCCCGAGGAGCCCUCGGUCGACCUGGCGCCAUUUCCCUCUCACGUCACCCACGACGGCCGCGUCGUCUUCCGCCGCAACGGCCGCAAGGAGGACCUGCGGAUGCGCGAACGCACCGUCCGCCCGGACGUCGUCGUCUACGCAACGGGCUACAAGCAGGACUUCGACUUCCUCUCCGACGACUACCCUGUGCCGGCGACGGUGCGGUGCCGCGACGUCUUUGACCCCUCGGACCCGACCGUCGCCUUUAUCGGCUUCGUGCGGCCGGGUGUCGGCGCCAUCCCGCCCAUCGCCGAGAUGCAGGCCCAGCUGUGGACGCUGGUUCUGCGCAACAAGAUCGCCCCGCCGACGUCGACGCCGCACUACUACCUCCUGGUCAAGGAGAGCGCCCGCAUCAAGUACGGCGUCGACUACUCGUCGUACGUCUCGCAGCUGGCGCGCGACAUGGGCUCGGCGCCCGGGCUCGGCCAGCUCCUGUGGGAGUACGGCAUCAAGGUGACGCUCGUCUACUGCUUCUGCGCCGCCUUUACCACCAUCUACCGACUCGUCGGGCCCUACCGCCACCCGGAUGCCCGCCGCAUCGUCGAGACCGAGAUCUACGACACAAUCAGGCGCCGUGGCGUCGUCGGCAACCUCAUGAUGGGUCUCAUCCCGAUGCUCUUCUACGCCGCCAUCAACCUGGCGGCCUACAUGCUCGAAAAGUCGCUCAGGCUCGCUGCGGCGGUGACCAGGCCAUUCUUGAUCCGACCCCUGUCCGGGAAAGCGCUGCAACCGACUGGCCACCGAGUUAGGCGCUUCCAGAGUGACUACGGUACUUCCCCAGCGGGAGCGGACGCUGCUGCUGUCGGCGGGGCCAACGCUGCGGCUCGGCAGGGGCCCAAUGCCAGGGCCGCCCCGCCCCGCGGCAAGCUGCUUCGGCUCUUCGCGCUCCUCACCGGCCUGCUCGCAGUCGCCACCGACGAGGCGCACGCCAACACCGAGAUCCGCAACGUCGGGCCCGUCCUGUGCCGUGCCGACGAGUACGGCCACCUGGCGGCCAAGGCGGCUGAUCAGCUCGCUGUGCAGUGGCCGGUGCUCACGCCUUCCACCACGCCUCAGCUGUUCACGGUGCAUCCAGAGCCUGCCGAGUCGUACGCGGUGCUCGACUCGGACCGCACAUCGCGGCUGGGAGCCUGGCUGGUGCUCGACGUGUCAAACGGCGGCGAGUUUACGCUUCCGCUGCCCGCCACGCUCGUCAAUGCCGAGCUCGAGGCGCCGCGCGACCGUCUGCUGCGACGCGGCUGGAACGCGCUGACCUGGGCGCUUUUCCGACGCUUCAGCGUGCGCCUGAGCUAUGCGGCCAACGUGCCCACGCGGUUCCACAUGGCCGUCUACACGCCCGAAGAGGCGCUCGACAAGGGCGGGAUAGCCUGGCAGGCGGAAAAGGUGGGCGAGCACAUGACGCACGUCGGCGAGGCGCCCGGUAGGACCAGCGCGCCCGGCGCCGCACCGACCGGCGCUGUUGACGGGCAGGCCGCCGCCAACACGGAGUCGGGCACGAUCGAAGGCGCGGCGGAAGACGAUCCAGCAAUGGUCGUCAUGCCACGCAAGGUCCACCCUUCGGCGGCCAAGGACGCCGAAGGCGACGACGACCGGCUCAUUUCGCCGUCGUCGGCAUCCAAGACGCCGCUGGACCGCAAAGACAUCCUCUACCCUUGCCCGCGCCUCUACCUGCACCUCGUCGCCUUCGUCGACGGUGUGACGAUCCCGCCGCCUCGGACGGCACGCGCGGCGCCCACCUCGCUCGCGCAGAGGGCGCUUCAGGGCCUGUACGACCUGAGCGAGGCUACCGUCGGUCGUCUUGCCACGCGGUACGACGGCACGGCGGCAGAGGACGGAGGUGCAACGAGGAUGAUGCCGAUCCACCUCACCCUCGAGCCGCUCCUGCUCGGCCUGGUCCCCGCCACGGCCCUGCAGCUCCUCUACCUCUUGGUCCCCGCCCUGCUCGCUGCCUACCUCCUUGUCCUCCCCGCCCUCCGCAGUUGGAUCCAGCUGCCCGUCGCGGGCGGGGAGCAGAACGGCAGCGCAAAGCAGCUCAAGACCGAGUGA